AUGGAAAUUACUGAUUAUAUCCCACAUGACUGGAAUUCUUUUCUCGCUGGAUUUCUUCUGGCCCGAUCGGAUGUGACGAUCCUUCGUCACUUUCUCGGCUUCCCCAUUGUCGGCGCCCCAGCCCUUCUCAAUGAGGCCGCCGUUGUCUGUAUAGACACCGAGUGGUGGCAGAAGGAGCCGAAUCCUACGACAGAGAUUGGUGUCGCAGAGCUCAUCACAGAAGAUCUCACACUCAUUCCUCAUGCUGAGAAUAUACUCACCGGCAUGCAUGUCGCGCACGCUCGAAUCAAAUCCACUGCGCAUCUCCUGAAUAGCUUUGUCGGGGCUGGCGAUCCUGAAAAGUUUCACUUUGGUACUACUCGGUUCGUCUCGAUGACGGAAGCACAAUCGAUCGUCGAGAAUACGUUUGCGCGCCCGCGUCAGUCAUCCGAUGAUGCACAGCUGCAGCCAAUCAUCUUGAUCGGGCACGCUGUGGACAACGAAUUCGAGGUUCUUGAGCGUACUUUUGGCGUCGACCUACGCAGCUUCGGUACGAUUAUCAAGGUAAUCGACACACAAGAAAUGGCUCGCAAUGCCGGUAUCAAAGGCCCCAACGGGCCAAACAUUGGUCUUCGCGACUUGCUUGCCUAUUUCAACGUAAAGGUUCCGAACCUACAUACGGCUGGCAACGACGCCGCAGGUACAAUGAUCGCUGCAGUGCUACUUGGUUUGCAGUCAAUCAUGUAUCCACUGAAGGACGGUCCGCCUUCAGCUAAUCUAUUCGGUCGCGAGAUCCAGGACGUUGUCGACGACGUGAUGACUCUCGCCAAGUCGCGACCUGCACCGACCUGGGGCCAGCCUUUGUUCUGUACACGUUGUGAUCGCGAUAAUCAUUCGAGACACAGCUGCUACGCGAAAGUGGCGUGUAUCAUCUGUCAACAUUCCAGGGUUGUUCGCCUCUACAACGCAGCGCGGACCCAUACGACUGAUCGUUGCUUGUACCAAUACCUUGAUUUGCCUCCCGCAGAGUAUACUGAACUUCAUCACAAGGCUAUCAUCGCCCACGAGCGGGCUGCUUUCCAGACAUGGAUUGGGCCACGAAAUGGAAGUAUGUUGAUAUAG